AUGGCCGCAGCCAGCCCCCUGCGCACGGAGAGUGUCUCCCUUAGAGCCAAACAGUAGAGUGGAAGACCCGACCCGGCCGGGGGAAGAGGCCAGGGCCGGAGGCGGAGCCGAGAGCCGCCGGGAUCUGCCAGGGCCGGGCCUGGCACUUCGGUCCAGGCUCUGCCCGCCGUGCCCCCUGGUCCCUGCGGCUUUCGUGGCUCUGGCGCCGCGUCCUGGGUCUUUCUGGCGGGUCGGGACGCAUCUCGGCUGCGCUGGCCGAACCUCGGCUCGGCGCUGAGUCGUGACUGGGCCCGUCCCAGCAAGGGGAUGGCGAGCCUGGCUUUCCCGGGCGGGGCCUCUCCGGGUUUUAGCGGCACCCGGGCCAGGAGCUCCCUGGUUGUCGGACCUGGAACCUGGAAACUGGCGCUUAAAAGACAGCGUCGCGGCUUCCCGAGCGGGCAGCCGAGGCCGGCGAAUGCCCGGGGCUCCCUUCACCGAGAGGAUGGUGGAGGCCGGUGGAGGCGCGGGGAUUUCGGUCCCCACCGCGAAGGGCCGUUCGGGGCGACGGGAGGAGGUGGCUCGGGUGUCCUCGCCUAGGAAAGGAUGCGGGUUUCUUUUCUGGGGAAGGGGGUGGGGGAGAACGCGUCCAAGCGGUCGGCCACACCAGGAUUCCGGGGAGCGCCGUGUUCGGCCCUGAAUAGGACAGGAUUGACCGCGGCGCUGGGGACUGAGCCCGCGAGUGACAAAGGCGUAGUCAGGGAGAGCUGAAUCCAAGGUUGGCCUGUCCUUGGGUUUUAAAACAAAGCGAAAUAAUUUUGUCAGUCAGGCCGCGUCCACGGAGCUGGAGGCCUAGAAAUAUACAAAAGGCCUCGUUUCUGGCGGCCCAGGAUGGCCGCGGACAAAAGCGCUGGCUUGGGCGGGUUCUCUGGGAACUGAGGUUUGGGGUUGCAAGGAGGUUCCCCCCUUCGGCCGAUUUUACGCCCAGCUAGUACAAAACACACACACACACACUGCGUCAACACACUCUUUUUGGCUACGGAUCUUGCCGAGUAAACACAAAUACGUGGGGGGAGGGAGUGGAAGAUGGCGGCGGGACCCGGGAGGACUGCGGGCUGCGCGUUGUUAUCCGCUCCGCGCAGGGCGCCUCGGCCUGGUUUUUACGUUUCUGUGGCCACCAAAGCGGGGAGGGUGUUCCUUUCCCCAGACCCUGAAGCCCAGCCAGGCGUGUCCCCGAUGCCCUCUACGAAUAGCGAGGGUCUUGGAAGAAGCCUGGGCUGCGCCCACCACUCGGCUUGGGAUCAGUCCCCCGCCCUAAAGAUGGCUCCCGGCCGCUGCUUGCCCAGCGACUGCGGGCACCCGGGCAGCGGCUCGCGGGCCGGGAGGGGGCAAAGAUCGGGACGCGCGUAGGUCGUCCGAGGCGGGUGGCUCCUCGGCGUAGCCGGCUCGCGCCCCCACCCGAGCUGCAGCUCGGAGAACCGGCACUGCCGGGCAGGGUCUGUCCGGGGAGCCCCGCUGCGCGGCCGGGAACCGGGAGCCGCCGCCGCCACCUACGCGUUCCCAGGCCCUGCACCCGGGCGAGCUCUGGCGGGAGGGCCGCGCAGCGGCUCGCGCGGGUGCGGGUAUGUGCAGGGAGGGGAGCGCAAGGGGGCUGCAGCCCACAAAAACCCGGGGUAUGGGUGGGGGAGGGGGCCUCGCUUUCCCCGAACCUCGGCCGUAAUGAAAUGCAGGCUUGGUUCGCCACUCCAUCCAGGCGCACACUUGGAAAAUGCAAACGCCUUUGGCAAAUCCAGGGCAAACAGGCAGAAUUUUUAUUAGCAACUAAAUGAUUUAUGGCACACAUACCCUGCCGUCAAAAUUACGACGUCUUGAGCAUCCAGGAGUGAAAACAUUAAACAUUUAUAAAAAUAGGCUUUUGGUUUUUUCCACCCUGCAAGUCCUUUGUAUUCCCCACCCCAACUCUCUCAACAUACAUAUUUUUUGCUUGAGCUCUAUUAAAACAAAGAAAAACAUUCCAGAUCCCGGAACAGGGGAUAAUGGAAUGGAGGUUCAGUGUCUGGGGUCUGAAUACUGAGCGAUGGGGGAUCGGGAGUGGGAGGGUUUACUAGGAACCCACAGAGGCCUCUGGAUAAGACUGGAGGACACUCUGCGCCCACCCGGGGUGCGACCCCACGCACGGCCCCUUCCCCAGUCUUGGCUUUCAGCAGCCUCGUGCAGCUCAACUGCAUUUACUUUUUCUGCAGUCACCCCCCUCCCCCAAGGCACAUAGACACAAUACCUCCUUUCUCUAACCCCCCUCUCCUCUCCGUCUUUGCUCUGGCCGUCCCGGGGCUGCAACGGGAGCCUCCCGCCGCCCCGGCCGCUACUGAGACCUGCGUGCCCUGCUCCGCCGCUUGUUCCCCUCGGCUCCGGCUAUUUUCGUGGCUUUCUUUCCUUCU